CGUCUGGUAUCGUAUUGUCACAGCCAGUCGAACCACCACGUUCCAACUUCAACUGAUUCCAGUCCAAUCUUCAUGAUCCGAGUUUCCUCGAUCACUGCUGAUCAGACACUUUCAUCAUGCUGUGCAUCUAUCCCUGCGCCAUUUUCCCGUGUCCAUGUCCUGUCAGUUCAGAUGAGGACCUUUGUACUGUGGGAAAGACGAGGAACCCUGGUCCUGGUUACCCCAGAUUUCUUUACCUGGACAUGAUGGUCGCGUCUCUGUUGUUCCACUUUUGGUCGAGGCCCAUUCGUGCUCGCUUCUUUUCACCAUCAUCUGACGGUUCCAGUUACUAGCCACGAUGGAGAGAAGUGGCUUUUACCGGGCCAUCCUAUCAGUGGUCCCUCCGGUACCCGAUGCCACAUGCACCCGGCUGCGUUCGGCGACACUUGACUUUAUGUUCUUACGACCUACUGUUCAUCGUGCCGCGGUGAAACUCACAAACUGAUGAUGCGUCAACAUGAGGAAGUUCCCCCAAACAACCUGCUGUGGUCCAAUAUGCCGCGGAGGUGCGUGUUACAUAAAAGUUUCUGGAUUGGACGUUGGUCGCGUGCGUGAUUCUCUUCCCUCUCUGCCUGGAUGUGUCUCGGUCGAGUCAUUCCAGCACUGUCCCUCCCGUUCCCUUGGAUGGCGGAAUGCUCGCCGAGGAUCAGGAAGCAUGGAUAUCCACUCAUAUGCACUGCCUCCCCUGCAUAGUGGUAGGUCCGGGGGUCCGUACAUCACGGUAUAAAUAAUACACCACCAUAAUGGCAGUUAUUUAGCUCCCCCUUCCCCAGAUUGACCGACUUUUGUCACAUCUAUACCAAAAGCUAUCACUACCACUACUUACUUGACAUACAAACAAUCAAAGUGCACACAUUGUUGGCACAUAACUUGUCAAAGUCAAUGGUUGAAAUCCCAAUCUUGGUCAGUACGCCAUCUUUACAACACACCAUCGAAGUGGAAAACUCGGGCGAAUAUUCCUUCGGCUCUGUAGCAAGCGAGUCUACAAGUCAACAGCCUUCACUAGGCACGGCUCAGCCUGCACCAGAAGAGAUAUCGUCCCAUACAAUGGUGUCUCAUUCGACACAAACAGUCGAUGACGAGGGGACUCCCAAGGGACAAUCCCCAUCACAUUCGCAGUCCGAGUCUCGGACGCGCACCCCAACUCAUCAUAGCUGGGCAGAAGCACUUCGCCAGCGCAUAGCAAAUCCUCACUCCCGCUUCCACUCGCCAACGGCGGUCGACGCCUCAGGCCGGACAAUGCUUGCUCCAGGCGGUGAUCCGAUCCAACGGGCCACAACGCCUGCGGCAGAUCUAUACAAAGGUCAAUGCGAAGCCAAUUUCGGCAUGACCUUUGAUCAUCACUCGACUCCUCAUCCUCAUUUCUUGAGGGCGGCAAAACCUCAUGCAUGCCCCUACAGCUUGGAAGACCAGAAACACAGGAUGACGAUGGAUUGGAUUGACAGGCGAAAUUAGAACCGGCCGAUUCGAACCGGUUUCGUCUUAACAACCAAAAAACAACCAUCCAUCACACCCUGAUUUCGUUGCUUGUUGCUUGGCCAUCAUUUUACUGUUUCGGCGCCUGGAGUUGAAACCAGCACCCGGACUGGGCUAUGGAGCGAACGGAAAUCGGCUUAAGCAGCUGGAUCAGCAGGAGUCUGUCUAUCCUUUUGAACAAAUUGAACAACGAGCAACGAAAACCAAAGCGGAGCCGAAGCCUCUAAACAAAAACCAGCACUGGCAAAAAACCCCCACAAUCACUCGGCUCUCCUAAUUGUAUGCACGGCGUGCAACAGGGAGAAUCAGGUUUUUGCUCACUGCCAUUUACAGUACCAGGCUUCGGAUCAUGUCACUUUCUCUUACUGGCUUGUCUUGUCGCUCAGGCUAACUGCAGUGGUUUGAGAGACGCAGACAUCUAAGUCAUCAUCAUGGCAUGCAUAUGACAUUUAUCAACACACACGAUCUACCAGCUAUGCACACCACAUGUUCAUUUCUUGACUCAACUCUCGUUGAGCACUUUUUCUUAUUGGUUACUUUUACCCACGAGGCAGCAUCGUUUGGCACUUUUUAUCGUCUUGCUCCAGCAUAGCGGACUUAUCAUGGUCGAAUUGACUUGACACCAGAAUGUAUUGUUUCGUGCCUUAACGAAGGUACUUAGUCCGCUGGCCGGUCUUGACCUGUAACAUUAUGUGAAAUGAUAUUUUUGGGCUGGACGGAACGGAAUCAUCCGGGAGGAACAGAUAGCUAUGGCACCUAGGUAAUAUCGAAUGCAGAGACGUCUUUGUACUAUGGCACAUGAAAUGAAGUUCCAUGAUCUCUCUACUUAAAAGAUUGCUG